UGGCAGAAACUCGCACUCCACCGAUUCCAGAGCCUCCACCCCCCCUUUAAACUCCUACCAGCCCGGCACAGAGGACAGGGAGGAAGAAAAUACAAAAAGAGAGAGCUCUGUUUGUCUGUCAGGGAUUACAGACUGCCACUCAACUCUGACGUGCUCCGUAGGAAGCUGCGUUCAGAGGAAUGGGAACCUUGGCGAGAAGCAGAGACGCUGCAGCAGAUGGUCGUUUUGAGAUGUAUCUGUCUGUCAGAGGAAGCUUUUAGGCAAUAUGAGCACCGGCGAGGGGACCCUCUAAUGUUUGGACUACAUCACCUAGUGAGCGCUGGCCAGCAUGUGGUGUUUGCAGUGUAAUUCAGAGAAGACCCAGUCGCUGCUGGAGCUGGAGCUGAAUGGCUGUGUGGAAGGGGAUGGACGGCCCGGUGACAGCGGCCCUUCACUGGAUGGCAGAGCCAGCUAUGGCCAGGGUCCGGUAACUCACGGCUCGGCCAUCAGUCCCGACCGGUUCGACAGCCAGCUUUAUAGCCACGGGGUCCAACCCGGACCACAGAGGCCUCGCAGGCCCAAGCUCCAGCACUCACAGUCCAUCCUUCGUAAGCAGGCUGAGGAGGAGGCCAUCAAGCGCUCCCGUUCGCUCUCCGAGAGUUAUGAGCUCUCUGCUGACCUUCAAGAUAAACAGGUGGAGAUGCUGGAGCGUAAAUAUGGUGGAAGAUUCAUAACUCGACAUGCAGCUCGCACCAUCCAGACAGCCUUCCGACAGUAUCAGAUGAACAAGAACUUUGAACGUCUCAGGAGUUCCAUGUCAGAGAACCGCAUGUCCAGACGCAUCGUUCUCUCUAACAUGAGGAUGCAGCUGUCAUUCGAGGGCCCUGAGAAAGUACACAGCUCGUAUUUCGAAGGGAGGCAGGUGUCCAUGACGGAGGACGGCACCCCGCUGUCCAUGGUGCAGUCUGAAUGUGGAGAUGUUGAAGUCCACAAGCAGGCGAACAGGACUUCUCACACAGGACCGCAGGGAGACCUGACGGACACCAUCACUGAGCUGGAGGACGCCUUCUCCAGGCAGGUCAAGUCUCUGGCUGAGUCGAUUGAUGACGCCUUGAAUUGUCGCAGCCUUCAGGGGGACGAAGGUCCUGAUCCCGAGGCCAUGGUCUGCUCUAAGGUGGAAGGGGAGGUGCCUUAUCAGGUGAAGUCUCACCGCAGGGCAGCCGGACGGAUGCGCGAUGAAACUAUGGCAUCCUACAGCGAUGUUACUCUGUUUAUCGACGAAGAGGACAUGUCCCCUUCGGCCGCUCUGUCCAGGUCCGGAGACCAGCCGUCCAGUAUGGAAUCAGACUUACGGCUGCAGUCUGUGAACUCUUCCCAAGAAUACUGGCCUAUUGAAUCUAAAGACGAGGGCCGUGACACAGACACGAGCUGCCGCAGCACUCCCUCUUUAGAGUGCCAAGAGCAGCGUCUCCGAAUGGACCAUCUCCCUCUGCUGACCAUAGAGCCUCCCAGUGAUAGCUCCGCAGAACUCAGCGACCGGUCCGAACGUGGCUCCAUCAAACGGCCGCCCUCGUACGAGUCCCACGGCCACAUUGUAACAUCCUCCCAGGCAAGCCCUAAACACAUUUCUCACGGACCUCCACCACGAGCUCCCCCCCGUGACGACGAUGCACCUCUGCGCCAUCGCCACCGACAGCUAGAAAGUCACUUGGCCAUCAACGGUUCAGCAAACAGACAGAGCAAGUCAGAGUCGGACUUCUCAGACGGGGACAAUGACAGCAUCAACAGCACAUCGAACUCAAAUGACACCAUAAACUGCAGCUCAGAGUCCUCGUCAAGAGACAGCCUGCGAGAGCAGACGCUUAGCAAGCAAACCUACCACAAAGAGACUCGCAACAGCUGGGACUCCCCCAUCUUCAGUAACGAUGUUAUCCGCAAGAGACACUACCGCAUCGGCCUCAAUCUUUUUAACAAGAAGCCAGAGAAGGGCAUCCAGUAUCUGACUGAGAGGGGAUUCAUACCCGACACGCCGGUUGGUGUGGCUCACUUCCUGCUUCAAAGAAAGGGACUCAGCAGGCAGAUGAUCGGAGAGUUCCUCGGCAAUCGACAGAAGCAGUUUAACAGAGACGUCUUAGAUUGUGUGGUGGAUGAAAUGGAGUUCCAGGCCAUGGAGCUGGAUGAGGCCCUCAGGAAGUUUCAAAACCACAUCCGAGUCCAGGGUGAAGCCCAGAAAGUGGAGAGGCUGAUUGAAGCCUUCAGCCAGCGUUACUGCAUCUGUAACCCCACGGUGGUGCGACAGUUCAGGAACCCUGACACCAUCUUCAUCCUGGCCUUUGCAAUCAUCCUCCUCAACACCGAUAUGUACAGCCCCAACGUCAAGCCCGAGAGGAAAAUGAAACUGGAAGACUUCAUCAAGAAUUUAAGAGGUGUGGACGAUGGAGAAGACAUACCCCGGGACACUCUGGUUGGCAUCUACGAGAGGAUCCGUAAGCGAGAGCUCAAGACCAACGAAGACCACGUGUCUCAGGUGCAGAAGGUGGAGAAGCUGAUUGUGGGAAAGAAACCAAUCGGAUCGCUCCACCAUGGCCUGGGAUGUGUGUUGUCAUUGCCUCAUCGUCGCCUGGUGUGUUACUGUCGCCUAUUUGAAGUGCCAGAUCCCAGCAAGCCCCAGAAGCUGGGCCUGCAUCAGCGGGAGAUCUUCCUGUUCAAUGACCUCCUUGUGAUUACCAAGAUUUUCCAGAAGAAGAAGAAUUCAGUCACGUAUAGCUUCCGACAGUCCUUCUCUCUGUACGGGAUGCAAGUGAUGCUGUUUGAAAACCAGUAUUACCCAAAUGGAAUCAGACUCACGUCGGCAAUCCCAGGUGCGGACAUCAAAGUGCUCAUCAACUUCAACGCGCCCAACCCCCAGGACCGCAAGAAGUUCACAGAUGACCUGCGGGAGUCGAUCGCCGAGGUUCAGGAAAUGGAGAAAUACAGAAUAGAGUCCGAGCUGGAGAAGCAGAAGGGGGUGGUGAGGCCCAGCAUGUCGCAGAGCUCUGGCCUGAAGAAGGAAACUGGAAACGGGAGCAUGAACCGUGCCAGUCUGGACGACAGCUAUGCCAUGGGCGAGGGCCUGAAGAGGAGCGCCCUCAGCAGCUCUCUGAGGGACCUGUCUGAAGCAGGCAAGCGGGGGCGUCGCAGCAGUGCAGGAUCACUAGACAGCAAUAUGGAAGGGUCCAUCAUUAGCAGUCCACACACCCGGCGGAGAGCGACCACGCCACGAGAGGGCUCCUCCCGUGCCCAUCCCCCCAUCCCUAACUCGGCGUCGACGUCCAUCCUCGGGUCGCUCUUUGGCAGCAAGCGAGGGAAGCCGUCGUCUCAGAGCCAGCCACCUUUAGCGCCAGGCGGCCACCCCACCCUCAUAUCGCACAAGCCCCACCCGACCAACCUGCACCACACCGCACAGGCAGCACACGUGGUGCAGUCCCAACACCACGGCCACCACUCCCAGUACUGUCCGGCCCCGCAGAACCCCCCGCCUUACCACCACCACCACCACUACCACCCGCCGCCGCACACACAGUACCACCUGCACCCGGCCUACUCCUCGCACGCGCCCCCGCAUUCGCAGCACAGCCACUACGGCCAGCACCCGCACCACCCGUCCCACUCCCACCACCACAGUCAGCAGGCGGGUCCGGCGCACGGCGGACCCAAACACAAACACAGUGGCAUCAGCACCGUGGUGUGAUGCUGCGGACGAACGCAGAGAGGAGGACUGUACCGAGGAAGGACAAUUGCUCACACCAAAGGGACUGACAGCAUGACUCUAUGGCCUGUCCACUGUGUUUCAGCUGCUGUGAUGGGAACCAGUCACACGCAGUCACCAUCCUCACUUCCAGCUCCAACCAAUAUGCAGAAUAGGAAUCGGACUCAAAUCUUCCAAUAGGGGCCUUUUUCAGUUUGCCUGAUUUGGGGACCUUCACAGCUCCCGUCAGGGCUUUAUUUUUUAUUUGUGCGUGUUGGUAGGGGUUGGGUCUGCACACACACAUGCACACACAAACACCGCCCCUCUGGACCGCUAAAGAGGAAAUGUGUCGUCUCUGCUCCCCGCUGCCUCGACCUCCGACAACCCGUUUUACCUUCACAUAAUCAGGAGGAGCGACGGGCUCAGACGAGAACACGACUGACUGUUUUCUUGUGCACAGCUCUUCGGUUUGCAGAUUUUUACCGUCAGGAGAACGCUACGAGUCGUCGCCUCCCGUAGAGCUCUUAUAUAGCGGAAAAACCUCGAUAUAAUCAUUUCACACUAACUGCAAUCGAAGGACAGGUAAACAAGUCAUAGUAGUUCUAGUUGCUGUAUUUACUGUAGAUGACUGCUAUAUGUCCUGUGUCCUAGCUCCCAUAAAUAACUGUGCCAAUAUUAAUGCAUAAUCUAUUUAGUCAAGACUUUAUGUACAGUGUAUUGUGUGUAAAGUAAUUUGUAAGAUUAUACUUACAAUUAUUAUUGGCAAACGAGACUUUUAUCAGUAUUAUACUGACUCUGUGGUGACAGGAUGGAGAUCUGGAAGGAGGGAGCUCCCAUUCAGUCCAGCCUAGAAUCGGUUUUGGAGCCUUUGUUUUCCCCUUUGGCGGGAAAAAGAGCCUUUGGGUUGUAGCUGUCGCAUAUUGGCCUGAAGCCUCAAAGCAGACAUUUCUUGUAAACGAAACCUCGCGCACUGACGCUGCUCGAAAGAAGUGGCCGACGGCAGCGUUAAGAGCUUCUCAACUUGUUACAUUUGGCCUCAAAGGAAAAUUGUCAUUGUUGCCUUUGAAAUAUGCAACGUCUGCAUUCAUGGCUCUUGAAAUCCAAAAUUUAUUAUUAUUUGGGUUUUGGUUUUUUUUGCCUUGUAUGAAUUAGUUUUUUUCAUCCACCAAUGGGAUCUGGUGGGUGAUGAGUUUGUUUCGUCCCUUAUUAUAUGUGCAAUAUCUUCGUACUGAUUUUGUACAUCAAGAGCUAACGAGGUCUCCCUCCUGUUUGUGCGUGUUUUCAUGUCACUAGAUAUAUUUAUUUAUUUUUCGACCCCCCGUCCAAGUCUCUCUGUAAAUUAACGUCCGUCUGUCCUCCCUUUGUCCUGCGAGGGUCGCAGGCCUGGAGUUCUUGAGUUCAUGUUGCAUGUGAUGUUCUUGAUGUGAGGCUCUCCUCUGCACAUUGUUUAAACGAACCAGUGUUACCAUAGAAAGUUCAAGUGCAAUCAUGUUUUGAAGCAAACAAACAAAAAAAACACAGACUUGUGCUUAAGAGUGGAGGUCUGUAUACCAGGAUGAGAUUCAGGUGAGGAAAAAGUAGUUUUUGUUUGUUUAGAGCUCUAUAAAUACUUAGUUGAGAGUGGAAAGAAGAAUGUGUGUAUAUAUUUUAAUAAAACGGAACAUACUGUAUGCCUGUUUGGGCUGAACAGAAAUAUUUUGCAGGACAAGCACAUACAGAAGAACUUUUUUUUUUUCCAGGAAAUGCAGUUAUAACGUACAAAAUGCAAGCUGAGCAAAAGAACUAGGCAGAUGUAAAAAAAAUAAACUAUCUUUCUAUAUUCUACAGAUAAGAGUCUAUUCUAGUGUGUAAAUUAGUGACGGUAAACUGUUCGUCCCAAUAUUCAGGUUGUAAAUGUAUUUUAAUAUUCAUGACGUAAAAAUCCACGCUCGUGACUCGAGCUUAUACACCUUUAUUUUUUUGUUCCCGACCAGAACCAACCAGAACCCGCUUAGAUGAGCAGACAUAUCUCUACAGGGACAUUAAUGAUCAGCUGAAUGUGUCUUUAAGGCUUUCAUUUUGUUGCUUUAUUUCUAAAAACCUCGGAACGAACGGAAACCGGUGCAUCUGUUUUUCUUUUCUUGUUUUGGUGUGUGUUGUAGUGCUUCGAACGUCU